UUUCACAUGUAAGCAAAAAAAAAACCUAUUACAGAAAAAGUAAGCAUGUAAGAAAUUCUUGGAACACAUAAAAAGGGGGGGGGGUAAUAAAAGUAGUUUAUGGACUGAUGGGAAAAUUCAAAGGCGCAUAGAAGGGAAGAAUGUGAGAGAAAAGUGGAAGCUUUGACCGCCAUUGAUUCUCUACACUCACGUCAUCUCCUCAUCUCAUUUCCCAACUCUCUCUCUCUCUCUCUGAUGCGUGUUCUUGUCUUUCCUUAUACAUUCAUUGGCUCAGAUCAGUCACAGAGCCAACAGGUAGAAGAAUAAAGAGCAAAGAAGGUCCAGUGGGGUUUGCUUACAUUGACAAAGUGCCAAGUCCACGCUUUAACUUUUCUUUGCAAAUAGACAUGGCAGAAGUUGAUAAUCAACUAGAGAUCAAGUUUAGGUUAACUGAUGGUUCUGAUAUCGGCCCUAAAGCAUUUCCUGAUGCUACAACUGUUGCCGCCUUGAAGGAAACUGUUAUUUCUCAAUGGCCUAGAGAAAAGGAAAAUGGGCCGAAGACAGUGAAAGAGGUGAAGUUGAUAAGCGCAGGGAAAGUUUUGGACAACAACAAGACUGUUAAAGACUACCGAAACCCUGUCUCUAAUCUCGUUGGCGCUGUCACCACAAUGCACGUUAUCAUCCAACCUCUGCUUACUGAAAAAGAAAAGAAGCCUAAAGGUGAUGAUCCUAUGAUGAACAAAUGUGUCUGCACGGUCAUGUAAGAGAAACGCAAGUAAUCUCGAGAGAGACAGAUUACAGGUCUGGUUCCCUCACGUGGUUUGGUAUAGAUUGUUUACUGAUACAUAAUCAUAAGUGUUGAACCUCUUUUCUUCUUCUUUUUCAUAAAUCAAAUCCUUUUUGCUAGCUUGUUGCAAGAAUCACAGAUAGAGUGAAUCAUAGAUGUAGUAGUGAUUCAGAACUUGUUGAAAACACAAAGAGACUCUGCUUUACCUCUGUUUUCAGAACCUUUUUUGUCUCAUCUAAGAAUUCCAGAAUAGAGUUUA